GUUAAUAAUAAUAAUAAUAACAAUAAUAAUAAUAACAAUAAUAAUAAUAAUAAUAAUAAUAAUAAUAAUAAUAAUAAUAAUAAUAAUAAUAAUAAUAAUAAUAAUAUAGGACCUAGAGUAAACCUGGCAAAAAAGAAUGAUUAUGUAGUUGUCCCAAUCGACAAU